CAAGUGAAGCUUUCCUCAUCGUCCACGGUUCUCCCAUAAGGUCCAACGUCCGUGGCCACCAAGCAACUCUCUUCUAACAUUCCAGCUUGGAGCGGUUGUACAUUAAUGAAAACCAACGGAAGAGAAGGGUAUUGCGGUACACAAUGUCCAACCACCUUCGGAAUCGGAAAUCACAUAGAAAAAUAGAGAAAAAAAUAAAAGUAUCUGCAUCAGACACGGGGCAUAUUCCUCUGUUGUGGUCCUUUCCUUUCUUUUCUUACCUCAAACAGGGUUAUUACCUCUUCUCUUCUCUUGGUCUCGCUUUCUGCUCCUCAAACUCUGAAAUCAAUAUCGGAAGGAUACAGAUCUGAUCAGUGCUCAAUCAAUCAUGGCCACUCCUGAGGUCCUGCAGCUCGUAGAAGAAGGUCUUCUUUCAUCUCCCCUCCUUGAUUCUUCAAAAGCUGAGAAUGCGAAGUCCCGAGGUCUCUCAAUUGAGAAGAAGAUCGAGUUCCUUGAGAGCUUGACUGGAAAAGUCAGCAACAGAAGAUCUCGGAGAUGGAUAAAUGAUCGUUUGUUGAUGGAACUUGUUCCUCGCUUGAAUGCAGAUGAAAUUAGAGGCUUGUUUGCUCCACCACCUUGGGGUGAUGACGUACCACCGUCACCAUUUAGCAUGACUAAUGUGGGAGAGUGGGAGAAAUUUAGGAAUAUAGACAUGGACAAACAGGCUCAUAUUAUUGAUUCCCUAAGUGGCCCAUCCACAAAGAGGAGGGGUCAUGUUGAUGCCAACAAGGUGGCUGUCUUAAAAGCAUGGCAUAGAAUAGAUUGCCGAACAAGAGAGGCACUUCGCCGUAGCUUUCUUACAGAUCUCAUUGAAGGCUAUGAGGCAUGCAUACGAGCCUUCAUUCAGGAGAGUGGAGAUGAAGAAGUUCUUUCAUUACAAGUUCAAGAUCCCUUUCAUAGAUUGUUGCUGCAUGGUGUCUGUGAGUUUUACAACUUGGUGUCAGUGACAGUGUCCGAGUCCAAGGACAAAGAGUCAUUGAAGACAACUAGGAUAAAGAAGAAGAAAAUGGGUGUGGUUGAUCUUCCAAAUGUCACCCUGUCGCAUUUUCUGAAAAUGUCCAAGGAAGGUGUUUGGUGAUCUAAUUGGGCAGCAGGAGCUCCAUGUUCUGUAUAUAAAUAAAUAAAACUCUUCAUGAUCCGUGCCGGAUCCUGAAAUGAGGUUGUAAUAUUUAACGUGGAUGUAACUUUUCAUUCACUUUGUACCAUUUAUGACAUGUAGUUUAUUGACCUCUAGCUUCUGUGAUAUGCUGGAGCGUCUGAAUGUACAAAUAUGUUUCCAAUCAACUAAAGAGGUUGAUUGCAGGUCUUAUUGGAUUAAUUCUUUUGAUU